AUGGUCACGACCGCAUCCCCAACAGUUCCCCUGCCUCCAGGUGUCGGACCCCCAAUUAUCCGCACCAGCUCGCCACCGCGAAAACAAAUCCCCACCACCACCACCACCGCCCCCUUUGCCGCUCCCAACCAUGCCGUUGCUCCCCCCACAGUCACAGGUCGGCGUAACCCGGAACCCAUCCAGCCCCCAAGUCUGACGCACCGCCGGCGCGUAGACCCCGUGUCGUCGAGCGAUGGCGCCGUUCGCGCGCGUAUGGCCACCGGACCAAAUACCCACAAUCAGCCGGGGUGGCGACAGGGAAAGCCGCUCUUCGAGUGGAUCACACGAAAGCUUGGCGCGCGCCGCGGCUCUGAUGCGGCAGUCGAGAGGCCUUCCGUGCCACACUACGUGCCAAAGUCGCACCGCCGCCCCGAAGGCGGACGGCUGCACUAUCGUCGCGCAGAACGCAACCUGUCGCCAGGUGACGCGAGCAUCAACCGCAACAGUGUGGAUACGAACCGUCCCGAAAGCAUGUCGUUGCGCAGCCACAGUUUCAGUGCGAGCCAGACGCCAAGCGAGCGACGCCGCGAAGCCAACAACCCCUACCCAUCCAUCCCUGUGCCAAUGCUCCGACGGAGCUACCCCGCUUCGACGAUCGACUCGGGCUCCCGUCCUCCCUCGUUGAGUGUGUUCAGCCGCAGUCGCACACCAUCGAUCGCGUCACUGAGCGAUCUAGCAACUCGUGGGCGAGGCCUCAGCAUUACCGAAUCGCUUACUGGUCGCGCGGACGAGGAUGCCAGCCUCCGGCCCAUUCCGCCUUCCCCGACAUCCAUGUCUGUGACAUCACGCUCAGGGUCGGUCCCACUGUGGCGAUGUGACUCUGCUUCGGCACCUCGCCGUGUGCGCACGACGUCUCCACCACCCAUAUCCGGGCGCCGGGACACGAAUGCCUCGAGCAUCGGUGCGUCGUACACGAGCGAAGACUACACCCAGAGUCGGCAGAACUCGUUGGCGAGCACCAAGCCGACGACGGUCAUGAGCUUUGAGAGCGGAUCGCCGGCCCACAUUGCGGUCGCACCGAGCCUCAGCUCAUCGCCGCCUGUCCAGAGAACGAUGAGCUCACCAACGACAACGGGCACGUCACUGGGCCACCUUCCCUCGCCGAUCUCGUCGACGUUUGUGCCGCCCGACGAGCUUUCUGUGCGUGUGCCGCUGCACUCGCGCUACCACCCGCGCAAUAACCCGCACCCGUCAGCCGUACCGCGGGCCGACGCGUCGAUCGUCACACUGGCGUCUUCCACCUUUGGCCUCGCCCCCAGCCCGGCGGAUAGAACCGCGGUGCGCCCGGGAUCGCUGCGCCUGCGUGAUGCGGCCUCGCCGUCGUCCUACCUCGCGCCGCAUGUCACGUCGCCGACGGUAGCCUUCGCUGAUCGCCCGGGGAGCGUGCAUGACGGCGUGUCGACGCACGCGCUGUCGCUGUCAGUUCGCACGCGGGGUUAUGGGCGCGCUGACGACGACGCGAGUAUGCGCGCCGUCCGCCGCCGCGGGAGCUGGGAGAGCGGCGAGAGCCGCUGGUCGUGGCGUCCCGGACCAGCCGACGCGUCAAUGAUCCACGCACUGAACCGGCGCUCCGAGUUGCUCAACGAAGGCGAGGACGGGCUCACGUCGCCCGGCCGAUCGUCGGUGUACGCCAGAGACCGCGAUUCGUACCGCACGGCGCUGACGUGGGCUGCGGAUACCGACGAAGGGGAGAGUGGGCCGGGAUUGAGCGAGACGGGACUGCUCCACCGCCCCGUCAGUGUCAAGGUAUAA